ACACUUGAGUGGCUUUUCAUACUCUCUCGUAUAAACAAAAUCUUCAAUGACACGGAAGAUUGAGGUUGCCGUUAAGGAAAAAAAAACUGAGUUAAACUCUCUGUUCAAAGUCACAUCUGCACGUAUUGUUGACUGAAGAAGUUGCAUGAUUGUCGAGAAUCAUCUGAUAUUCGAAGUGAAUUCCUGAUCUGAUACAACCAGUUUAUAGCGAUAGCGUGAUAGAGUGCCCAAUGAGAGGAGCAGCUGAUAAAACCCAUUCAAAAAUGUCUCGAAAAAGAAAAAUAGAGCAAAUAGAUCGGAAGCUCAUGGAGACCUUGAAAAUGUGUGCAGCCGAGAAAAUUGGCCCGGAAGAGUUUCGAAGUUUAACAGCACCACUUCAAGCCAUUCACAGUAAAUGGAAGCGGAAAGAAAGAAUUAAUUCUCUCAUUUUUCUUUCGGUGGUUGUGGUAGUUGUUGCAGUCCUUUACCAGGUUCAAGCUACUGCUGAUUUCAUAUCGGCUGUGGCAAAGGUGGGAAUGGUCAAAUUGGUGUUGCCCUACUGGGACUGGACGACAAUCCAUGCAAGGAACUGUCUCUUUGAAAACCCAUACCAGUCUUAUGGGGGGAUCACAGAGGAAGAUUGCAAGCCUUUAGCCAGUCUGUCAACGGUGGAGAGAGCUGAAAAUAUUAGCCAGGAUGCCGUGACAGAUGAUCAUCUCUUCAUUGCUGUCCCUAUAAUUGUGACAGAUGCAAUGAAAACAUGGAAGCUUGUCAAAGAUGUGGAUUUUGAUUUAGAUUACAUCUCUAAGCUCUACACUGAUGAUCCUGUUUUAUCAGAGACGUCUGUGUGCAGUGUUUCAGGACUAGACAUGGCUUCAACAUUGCAAGGCUUCUUCCAAAAGAUGCAUACAUUAGAUCAUUUCCAAGUUCAUUGCUCUCUUUCUCCUGCCAGCAGAGGCCAGGGAGGAGCUUGUAGCAUCGAGAGGAGAAAUACUACGGGGCAUCCUAAAUGGGGUCUCAAGUGACGACGAAUUCCUGGGAAACCAUGGUUACGGAGAUGUAAUCAAACUGGCUCAGCACAUCCUUGCAACCCAAUCUUUUGAGAGCCUCACCACGUAUUUCGUUGAUAUGUUAGACUUAAAUUGGAAAGCUUUUCCAACACCCCCAUUGGUGCUAUCCUACAGGAGCAAUCCUUCACAAAGUUCCAUGCCCCGAGACUGUCAAAAAAAAGGAGACGUGGGAUACUUUCUUAUCGGAAACGAUUUGCAGCCACCAGCCAUUUGUGCAGAACAUUUUAUACCAGCACGUACAUGUACUUAAAAACUGUUGGAGUUCAUCGUAGUACUAGUUGGAGGGCUGCAGAGUGCAUGUCAGGAAACACCAUGUAAUCCAACUACACCUAUAGUUGAAGCCAGUGAACAUCAUGCCCAGGUUCUGUGAUAUAUUGCAGGAUUUGUCCCGUAUGCCCUGCUCAAGAGGUACAGAAGGUCGAAGCUCCAGCUAGCUAAAGCAUACUCAGAAGUUUUGCAGAGCUGGAGAUCCCGCGAUGAUGAGCAAACAGAAUAGAGGCGGUCUCUUUAAUGUCACUGAUGGAAGUCUUAAAAUUUUUCUGGGCACUUGAAAAAGCUUCUAAGGAUUUUCUGCAGAAAGGCCGUUUAAGUUAUUUUUGAUAGAUUUGCAUUACCUCACUCUGGAAAUACAUGUACUGUAUAAAGCGAAAGUAAUGAUAUUUUAGAUUUUCCAUGAGAAACCAAACCAUGCAUUCCAUUCCUGGAGCAGUUUAUAAAUUUUAUUUCAUAUACAUGUACAUAUGGAUAUUGGAAAUGUUACACUGUGCUUGUGGCAUCAUCGACCUAAUCAUUUGCACCUUGCACAUACAUGCUCCUUCAGUGUUUCGUGUAACAACUCAUGGAUGAAAUUUGUGUGAAUUAACUAUUGUUGUUUCAAUUCUAAAUUGUGUACCGGAUCGGUAUUGGAAUGAAGUUAAUAUCAUGGUUGACUAGAAUACCCCUUUCCACUAAACUUUUGAUUGUGUGAUUUUGAUGUGCUUGUGGAAUAAGACACAAUUAUUCUCUGGCAUGUUGGAUGGCAAGUGGGAGGAAUAGAGGUACAGUGUACACAUACUCUGGGUUCCGUCAACUUUCUGUUGAUCAAGCACAGUAAAAGUAGAAAGGUGCAAAUUUAUGGACUUUGACAAAAUGCAGGGUAAAUGAAGAGAAACAUGCCACUUUUAAUAUGGUACAAAAGACAAAAUUUUUAAUGCAGUUCAACCUUACAGUACAUGUAUAUACAUGUAGUCAUAAUGUAAUGGAUACACCUCUAGAAUUCUGAUCUCCAAGGAUCUUCAUGUAUGUAUAACUUUUUGUGUGCAUAAAUGCAAUUUUGAGAUAAAUGCAUGAUACUUGUACGUUUACAUAUACUGGUAUUUACUUAAAUAUGAUACUUUGAUGUACAUGCAGCAUUCCUUAUACAGAUUAUUCAUGCAAAAUUUUCUUCAUUCAGAUCACCAGUUUGAUACACGUUUUACAUAAUCUUGUAUGUACAAUUUAUGAAUGCACGAUACUUGUGUCUUGAUACAGUAAUUGUACAAUAAUAAUAUAUUUUACUAAUUAUGUGGAAAAUAUUUAAGUACACAUCUAUUUGAAGAAUGUAUGCUUUCAGGAUUGACAUAGCAGAAUACAUGUAAUGGACUGAAAAUUCUGAGCAUCUUCAGACUAUCCUACAUACAUGUAUUUGAAAUUGUUUGUAUGCAUAAAGGUAAAAUGAUUACAUGUAUUGAUGAGCGAAUUUAAUGCGAGAGUUUAAUCUGUCUAACACCAUUUACAAACAAAAUGUUAUUUCAUUAAAUUUUCAUUUCUCAUACACUUUAGCCCAAGUUAUCUCAGACAUAGAACUCUGCAAGUUUACUGAUUUAUUUCUGCUGUCUUUAAAACAAAUUAAUAAAAACCGACAGCAGUAUUUUGUACAUAACUGAACCACACUUAAUGUCUCUAUGUACCUGCACUUGUAGUUUUACAGAAAACAUAUGUAAUAAAUCAUUGAUACUGCAAAACUG